GUAGGAAUGCUGAGCAGUGCCAUGAGACUUUACUAGUGAAAGUAGGGGAAAGGUCGUCUGUAGGAAGAAGUGUUUUUCUAGUGAAAGUAGAAACCUCCCAGCAGCCCCACCCACUAUUGUGGUUUAAUUGUGGUUUAGCUGGCUAGCUCCAAACAUGAGUCGAGCUCAUAUGCUUUACGAUGACCAGGCUCUGUCACAGGAGGGAGUGAGGGUUAGCAAAUGGACGGGAGCAUGGACUCCACAGGACCUUCAAAGUGGAGUUGGUGUGCUGAUGGAAGGUGUCUACAAGAAAAGCAUUCGUCAUGUAAUUCAAGACUCCUCUGGGAAGAAAUACAGGUUUGUUGUGUUCCACAUUGAGUUCCUUCAUGGCUGUCAGCGCAAGUUUGAUUCUCAAGGCAAGGAGGUGGAGCCUAACUUCGGAGCCACACAGCUGGUCAGGACGGGAUACCUUCAAUCCACUUACAAGACUGAGGCCAAGGGUACUCCGGACACAUUGGAUUACUCUACACUAGUUCAGAGGCUCCAGUCUCGUCCACUGACAGAGCUGGUGAUCUCCUCACAUGCCCAGACCCUGUGUUUCUGGGGGGAGGAGUCAGUGUACGACCAUGUUGAACUGUUCUUUGGACAAAAAGUUCGACUAAAGACCAAAGGAGAUUCACCAUUCCUGGAGUCAUUGACGGGCCUAGACAGUGAGCAGAAGCAACGCUCGAGUAACUACACUGGUGGUGAGAAGGCAGGCCAGAGCUGGACAGACAGGGUCAUGGGAGUUAAAGGGACGCAAGACACGCCCACUCAACUGCCACAGGACGCCAACGAGGGGGUGGAUGAUGAUGAAUGGGAUGACUGAGUGGGCGGGCACUUCAAUUCGGUUUCAUAUUUUCAAGUUAAUUAAUAGAACACUCAGAACUAUUUUAUAUACAAAACUAAAUUGUAUAAUUAGUUGUACAACACAAUCAUGAAUUUAAUGAAUUAAUAAAAAAUGAA